AUGCCAGGAUUUUUGUGCCCCCACAACAGCAUGGCUGAGUUAAAAGGAAAAGAAGACUGCAAGCAAGCAGAAGGCAAAAUCCCUAAAAAGAACCAAAAGGCUUUUGGUGCAGAUCUGAAGAAUUAUCUGAAGCUCAUGGUACCACACAUCAAAUCUGGGAUCAAGACUUCUAAUGACACGCUUUCUGCAGAGGAUGUGAUACAGUGGUCCCAGUCUUUGGAAAAGCUCCUGGCCAGCCAGAGUGGUCAAGGUGUCUUUCGGGAGUUUUUGAAGUCCGAGUUCAGUGAGGAAAACAUAGAGUUCUGGUUGGCUUGUGAGGAUUACAAGAAAACCAAGUCUGAUCACUUGCAUGGCAAAGCAGAAAGGAUUUAUCAGGAGUUUGUGCAGUCAGAUGCUACUAAACAGAUCAAUAUUGACCAUCAGAUGAGGGAAGCAACAGCCAAAAGAGCUCAAGCCCCAACCCACACAAGCUUUGAUGAAGCCCAGAGAACAGUGUACAUCCUCAUGGAGAGGGACUCAUAUCCCAGAUUUCUGAAAUCCAAAACCUACCUGAACCUUUUGAAGCACCUGCAAACCAGCACUUCAAAAUGAAGAGUUUGAGGAGGAAAAGCAAAGCAGAUUCUGCAUCAAAUAUUCUGUGGAGACAUCCUUCAGGGUGGCUGGAUGUUAAGAAGGAGAAAUCCCAGCUUGGGAAGAGGGAUCCAAGGGGGAUGCAAACAGCUCCACAGCUGAAAGAAGACAGGAUAAAAGCUGGCAAGGUGUUACAAGGGUAAGGGCAGCACAGGGAGAAAAUCCUCUCCUCCUGCACACCAUGGACAGGACAUGGAUUUUCUUUAUUGUUUGAACUACUCUGUGAACACUGAACCAAAUCUGAGAACCUGAGGAACUGCUGAUUAUUAGGAGCAAGCAAGCUGAGUCCUGGGAGAAGUUUAGUUCAAAGGAAAACUAAGGCUGAGUGACAAUUUUGGGCAUAACAGGAAA